AAUACAUCUAUUUAACAAUCGCAACUUCCUAACGACCAUUAUAUGGUCCUUCUUCGCUGAAGUUUUGAGUUGGGCCAAUUGAAAAUGAGCCCAAACUGGGCUGGCCAAGCCCAAUGGGCCAAUUCAAAAUGAGCCCAAGAUGCAGGACGUUGAAGGUCGGUGCACAGCAGUGUCUUUUGAAGGGUAGAACUGUAAUUGUACAUCGCCAAAAACAUCGAGGCUCGUUAUCCCGCCCAUGGAAAUGUCAUUUGAAAUUUUGAACCACCGUGUGAGCCGCCUGAGAACCCAACACACACGUGCCAAACCAAACAAGCUCUCACCAUUGAAAUAGCUCCGUUUCCCCUGACUUCGCCUCUCGCCGUCGCCAUUUCCCCAGCUUCCCUCCUCCAGAAACCCACAGUUCACAACAGAGCCUAGUCCUUCGUCCUCGUCACUUCAUCUUCUUCCUGGUGAACACAAGUUCCCAUUUCCUUUCGCAAAGCCUCUGCUCGAAAUCGUCCCAAUCUUCUAAAAAGGUAAACUACUUCAACCCUAAAUCUUCUGUUUGAACACCGUUGCAGUUUGAAUCGUUUUCUUGCCAUUUGUUAUAAUAAUGUUUAGGGUCAAGAAUCAACGACUCUCGAAAUUAAUCUUGGGUAAUGGUUUCUGUUUGCUCCUUUUGAAGUCUAGUGAGAGAGGGAGAAGCAAAGAUGCCGGAAUCCAGAGACAGAUUGGUUAGGGAAGUGGACUUCGCCGCCGUUUAUGCUCGCACUCGUACCGUUGGGGUUUACACGGACGAGAUGGACAGGGCGCUGUUUGGAUCUCGAGUUUCAGAGCCGGUUCAGGUGGAGCGACCCGGGACUGUGUUCGGACCAGGGUUUCGUCCCGGUUUGGCCGGAAGUCGUCGCCCAGAUCUUCAGAUGAGCAGAAGAAGAAAUUCGUCUAGAUCGAGGGGAAUCGAGAAUGGGAGUGCUGCCAGGAGUGGUGAUAGAAGAAGCGACCUGCCUUCUUGGUAUCCAAGAACCCCUCUCCAAGAUAUUUCUGCCGUUAUCAGGGCCAUUGAAAGGAGGAGAGGAAGACAGGGAGAAGGGGACGGCCUAGAAAUUGGGACCCCGGCGGUUCAAGGUCUGAGAGUUUCUGUGGACUCUUUCAAGACUCCCAACCCAGUUCAUCUCAAGCCGGGCAAGUCCAAGUCUCCAUAUACAGCAAGCAGCAGCACUGUCAAAAUCAGUCCUCGUCCUAAGCUUGGUAAGGUGCAGAAGCUAAUCCACGAGAUUGCAAAUCAACCAUCUCCAGGGGCAGAGUGCUUAACACCAGAGAAAAAGCUACUCAACUCGAUCGACAAAGUCGGGGAAGUAGUGAAGCAGGAGUUGGAGAAGCUUAAGCGUACCCCUGCUGCUAAGAGGGACGAAAGGGAGAAGAGGGUUCGCACACUGAUGUCUAUGCGGUGAGAUUUGGGAUGGUAGGUUGGAGCUUGGUUUGGAUAUUUUGAUCAUCACCUGCUGGUGAUGACUGUGCAGUAGUAGGGUUGGGGUUGUUUGAUCACCUUCUGGUGAUCUUCCAUCUAGUCAUGAUCACCUUCUGGUGAUCCACCGAGUUAUUAUCAUCUCCUGAUGAUACCCUUUUGCUGGCUCUUGGAAUUUUGUUUCAGCUGGAUGGCUCCCAAUCAAAGCUUUUGAUUGCUUGGUUGUAGAUUUAGGAAGUUGCAGCACGCUUAUCAUUCAUUCUUCAUUCUGUUGAAGAUCUUUUGCUGUGUGUCUUCAUUCUUUUGAAGGCGUUAUUGAAUGUAUACUGUCAGGCUGUGAGUUUUGUCAUAUAGUGUAUAGAGCUCAACUCCAUAGAUGAUACAGGCAGGAGGGUCAAAAAGCAUGCUUCUGCAUUUGUAUUCUUGGUAUGCUAAUAAACAGCAUGGUUUACUUGUUCUUCUAUCCCUUUAUUUCGUUUUCUUCAGUAAUGAAAAGUUAUUUCGUUG